AUGACUACGUCCCUGCUGCAGGCCAACAACCAGCGGCCUAAUCGUCUGCCCCACGCAAAUUUUAACAUCGCCAGCUCCGAGAUGCACCGCGGGAUGUUGCCUUUGUGUGUGCGCGCAGCCGCGGCGGCGGCGGCAGCGGCGGCGGCGGCGGCCGGGCCGGCCGGCCGAAACGGCGACCUGGCUGGACCCCGAGAAGCCAUGCCUGGCUCUGCUGGCGCGUCGUGGCAACACAGCAGCAGCAUCCGAGCGCUCCCCGCUCUCGACGCCCCGCUGAGAGCCCCGCGGUGCGCGCCCAAUCCGCACGCGCCCGCUCUUCGCAGACCGGCUGGGCGAAUUCCUGGAUAUGAUCUAACGGAUGCCGAUGACUGGGAACUUAGCAUGGACAAUAAUGAACUUGACUCUGAAGACGAUGGACCAGCUGACGAACGCACUCUUGGAAAAAAGAUGGCGGUUUUGAGUCAGCAAAGUCGUCAAGAAUAUUUAGAUCAACUUCCAAUAUCUCUAAGCCCCUAUAGGUUCCUCCACAUUGCCCAGCCUGCGAAGGCAACAUACUUACAACCGACGCAAACCAAACUAGCUUGUCUCUCUUCGCCAUGUAUGGCUCCCUUUACGCUCGCCCCGCUUGCGCAGGCCAACCCGCCGGCCAGCGAGGGAGGCGUCCGCUACCUCGCCCGCCUGCUGGCGCCCCCGCCGCGCAACCCGGGCAUCCCGCUGGUGCGGCGCGUGCUGCUAAAAGGAGAAAAUAAAAUCAAUGAUUAUAUUGGCGUCAAGGAUUUCAACACUGAAACUAUUGUUAUGAGAAGUAAGAAACCAGCAGACACAGAGGAUGUAACACGUGAACACCUGCAGCACAUGCGCCCGGGGCCCAAGACCGAGCAGGACCGGCGCUAUCUGCAGGCGGUGCGCGAAAACAACGUGGCGGCCAUGAACGCCACGCUCAACUCCGGCGCCGACCCCUACACCACCACCGACAGCGGCGCCAGCGCCAUCCACGUGGCGUCCGAGGCCAACGCCAACGAGACGCUCGACAUGACGUACUCACUAGUAUUAUUUGGGGCUGAAGUGGAUCAUGAAGAUACUUUCAGUAAAACGCCGUUGCAUUAUGCUGUUAUGCGUGGAAACGUCCGCAUUGUCAAGAUGCUUCUGUAUUUUGGUGCUGAC